AUGACACCUGCUCUCCGAGAGAAAGUGAUGAAAGGUCAUGGUAUCUGCUUAUCUUCUUCUUUGUCUUCCAAAGCUAUGGAGCCCAAUGAAACGCUGGGCGUGGGAAAUGUCAAAGCAAUCAAAGAGAAGAUAAAGGAGGAUUCGGUGGCACAGAUCACUUACUCAGUGCUGGGGUUUCCCACCCCGCAAUCCAGCCUCCAGAGCGAUCUCUUUGAUUUAAAGUGCUUUGGCUCCCAGUCUUCUCAACAUUACCCCGUAUUAAUGAACUCCAAUUCGUCUCCCAGUAUAUACAAUAAGCAUUGUAUGCAGAGGAGCUUGCAAGAGCAGAAUUGUUCUAGGAUGAGAAAUCCUUUAUGUAACAGCACUAACACACACUUCAGUCAGAUUACUGAUGCCGAAUCUAGAGAAGGGGAAAGUUUAUUAGUGGCGAUGACGCAGAACUCUUCAGAGACUGGGAGACCGUCGGAGCCGCGUAUAACCGCAUCUGGUUAUGCAGAAGAAAGACAACUUCCUAACUGUAAAUGGCAUUGGAAGAAUGGCUUUUUCGGUAAGCCUUUAUCUGUAAAUACUGAGACGAAAGAAGGAAAAGUGUUCCAUCAUUGCGAAGCCCCGGAAACGAAAAUGGACGACAGUUCCAGUAAUAAAGAACAGAAGCUGAAUUUUCGCUUACUCCAAUGUGUAAAUAAGCAGCAGGCUUUGCUAAGCCGGGCCAAAAGAACUCAGAAACAUUUGCAGAUCCUCUUGGCAAAACACGUUGUCAAACUCUGUGACCAGCAGAUGAAACGCUUCGUGAGGCAUCAGCUACAGAGGAUGAAAGUUUUUCAUAAUCCCAACAGAACGUCAGAUGGCAGUUGUAGAUAUGCCGAAAUUAAAACAGAAAGCAGUAAUCUCGAGGCGAGUGCGAAUAAACACCUACAGCGGGAUUUCACUGAUGCCCCUGGUGAAAUCCAGGUAUUUGCUCACUCCACAACUGGCCUGUUGUCUCAAGUGGAAAAAAAUCUGGAUUCUGACGCCACUUGUAGCAGCUCCAGCGAAGAUGAGGAGAAGGAGCAGGUUUCCAGAAGAGUUGUGGCAGUAUCGGACUGGCAAUGGCUGGUGGACAGAGCUAAAAUUGGCUGCCGCUGGACUUGGCUGCAAGCUCAGAUUUCGGAGAUAGAGUACAAAAUCCAGCAACUCACUGACCUUCACAGGCAGAUCCGUGCUACCAAGGGAAUGGUGAUCCUAGAAGAACUCCCGACUUCAAAGGACGUCCUGAAGAAGCAAACACAUUUGACAGACGAAGAAGCUUUAUUACACACCACAGGGAAUUCUCAAGCCCAUCCUGGAAGGCAGGAUGCCUGGUCGGAAAACGACUUUGAAAUAUCGCCAAGCAGUCCGACUCUGCUGCUCCGAAACAUAGAGAAACAGAGUGCUCAGCUGAGCGAAAUAAUCAGCAGCCUGAUGGCUCCCUUCAGUCUUUCUCCCACGUCCUCUCCUCUCUCCUCAAAGCCCCGUAAACAGAAAGAGAUGGUCAAUGGGGUCUCUCUAAGAGGCGCCGGAACCAGCAAGGAAAUCCCAUCUUCCAGCAGUUGGCUGAUCGACCAGCAGCACCUGAAGAGAAGAAGGAAAGACAAGACCAGGCUUAAAGCGUCAUCUGUUUUGGUGGUGAGCGCGUCUGCUCGCACCAGACCGGUUCAAAGUUUCCAGAGGCGAAAACUGUACAAAACGAAGACUGACUUCAAUUGGAAUCAGCAGGCUACGCCACUGCGAGAUGCUUUGCUUCAUUCUACCACAGAGAAGGUGGUUCCUGCUGGCACUUGGAAUAGUUACGAGCACCCCAGCAAGCAGUUUAUGUUAGAACUUGACUCCUCGUUCCAUCCCGUCUUAUCAUUUCCAUCAGAUACUCCGCUUCAUGUGCAUUUGAAAGCCUUGCUUAAGAAGUGUGACGUCAGAGGAGACCCUUUCGAAACGGCCACCCUGGGCUUGGAGUUUGAAAUGUCUCCACCUAAUGACUAUAGUCAGUACAAAGCUUCUCAGCAGUGGCGCUAUGGACACCAGCCCAGUUCCAACCAUCAGCCUCUGUCAGAAAUAACUGCACAGCUACCAGAAGGAAGGAAGAAAAGACAUUUCAGCGAGACAGCAAUUGUGGCCGGAGAGAGCAACCACAGAUUUGAAGCAUUUCCCUUCCAGCAAGAAGAACAGGAACCCCAUAACCAUUUUACAGGAACUACCAACGGUGACGUCUCUCGGUCUAGUGAUGGUGCAUCAUCACAGCUCAAUUCAAGACGGAGACUGAGGAGUGAGAGCUCCUACGAUAUCGAUAACAUCGUUAUCCCGAUGUCGCUGGUUGCCCCAUCUAAACUGGAGAAGCUGCAGUACAAAGAGAUUCUCACUCCAAGCUGGAGAACCGUUAGCUUUGUGCCUCUGGCAAGUCUCCAUGAAGAUGAAGAAAAGGUGGAAGACCUGUCCGACGAAGCGUAUUCUUCACGGCAUGCAAAAUACGAAGAGAAAGAGAGAGCCCGGUGGUCACUGUGGGAGCAGUGCCAGUGGCCCAAACGCAACAGAACAUAUAGCCGAAAUUCGGAGGGAUACGACACAGCGUUGAAACACGACAACUCUGACCUCACGUACCAGUUUGGCGAAGCCACUGCUGAUGCUUCAGAAACCGACGGCUCUCUCUGCUCCAGCGUACCACCGUCGUUAGAAAGAAACCAAGAAUCUAUUUUGUGGGAACCUCGAACUUUUCCACUCAAGGAGAAAGAGGCAGAAGCCUUAAUAUGCCAAGAGCAGAUGCCAGUUCCACAAGAAAGUUCAGCUCUGCCCACCCGCAGUGACUCUGACUGUGCCUCACUGGCUGCCUUCUUUUUGCCAAACUACCAUGAACAGCACAGGAAAAGGUCUGCUGAUGAGCUGGCAGAUGGCAACCAGGUUGCCUUGGGAACCGGUGGCGUGAGAAGACAGAGGUGACAGAAGAGAAAGUGGCCGAUAAAGAAAGCCAGUCUGGGCAAAGGAUACGUGAGGCAGAGGGAGAUGACAAGGGCCAUUCAUUUUAUCCUGAACCCCAAGGAAAAACCCUUCCAAUCUGGAAAUCUAACAGCCCAUACGUCAAAAACGGAUGAUCCUAAACUACAACCCCCCUUACUGCACCAUCUUAAACUAGUCUUCUUUUCAGAUGUUCAUGCACACGUACAGCGUAGCAGGAUAUAUAUAUAUGUUUUUUUUACUUAGCAAAGCAACAAUUUCAACUGACCUCAGAAAAGCUACCUGGCACAGUGCCGGGGGGGUAUCUGUCGGCUUGUGUGGCAUAAAAUAUUUGUCCCCUUUACGGACACCUUUUUA